UUCCAGGCAGAUUAUUCGUUCUUGACUCGGUGUUUUUGUAUUAUUCUGAAACUGAAUAAAUCUGACAAUAUGUUUUACACGAACUAAUAAAUUCGGCAACAACGUAUUGCAAGAGCUUUAUUUAGCUACAAUGUAUUUUGAUCAGGCAAUACGUUAACCACCUUGACGUUUAGCAACCAGUUAAUCUAAAAUCCAGUGAAUCACGAACACCGCAUGCUUCUUCCGUGAGUUUCUAAUGUUUUUAUGGUGUCACUCUUACUAUGUUUAAGCGAAUCUAGUACCCCAGGAGACGAUGACCGUUUUAAGCGAUCGCGAUGGUAGUCACCGGCCUGGAUAAGAUCAAAACCUUGCAGCGAAACCCGGCUAACAUCAGAAAUCUGUGCAUCCUGGCACAUGUUGAUCACGGUAAAACCACUCUGGCUGACUGUCUGGUGGCGAAUAAUGGGAUCAUAUCAAGUCGACUGGCUGGGAAGCUGAGAUAUCUGGACAGCAGGGAGGAUGAACAGGUUAGAGGAAUCACCAUGAAGUCCAGUGCCAUCUCUCUACAUUACAGCACAGGCAACCAGGAGUACCUUCUAAAUCUGAUCGACUCUCCUGGUCAUGUCGACUUCUCCUCUGAGGUUUCCACAGCGGUGCGGCUGUGUGAUGGGGCCAUUGUGGUUGUAGAUGCUGUUGAGGGUGUGUGUCCACAGACCCAGGUUGUCCUCCGACAGGCCUGGCUGGAGAACAUCAGGCCUGUUCUGGUCAUUAAUAAGAUGGACAGGCUCAUUAUGGAGCUGAAGCUCACCGCUCUGGAAGCAUACACACACCUGCAGAAGAUCCUGGAGCAGGUCAAUGCUGUCACAGGGUCUCUUUUCACGUCUAAAGUGCUGGAAGAGCGAGCAGAGAAGUUGAAGGAGGAGGUGAACAGGGACAAGGACCCAAGUGGAGAUCAGGUUUAUGACUGGAGUGCUGGACUAGAGGAUGCUGAUGACUCUCACCUCUACUUUUCUCCUGACCAAGGAAAUGUGGUGUUUGCCAGCGCCAUAGAUGGAUGGGGCUUCAGCAUUCAGCAUUUUGCCCACAUGUACAGUCAGAAGAUGGGGAUCAGGAUCGAGGUGCUGCUGAAAACCUUGUGGGGAGAUUUCUAUCUCAACACAAAAAUUCAGAGAAUCAUGAAAGGCGCUCAGACCAAAGGAAAGAAGCCGUUGUUUGUGCAACUUGUGCUGGAUAACAUUUGGAGUUUGUAUGAUGCAGUCGUCAUUAGAAGAGAUGAGCAGAAAGUGGAAAAGGUGAUGACCUCACUUGGGAUAAAGGUCAUGACAAGGGACCUGCGUCACUCUGACCCAAAAGUUCUCCUCUUUGCUAUCUGUAACCAGUGGUUACCGGUUUCCAAGGCUGUCCUCUCAAUGGUGUGUGAGAAGCUUCCCAGUCCUUUAGAGAUGACGGCAGAGAAAGUGGAGAAGCUGAUGAGUGUUGGAAACCGUCGAUUUGAUUCACUGCCUGAAAGGACGCAAGAACUGAAGACAGCUUUCCUCCAGUGUUCCAGUGGGAUAAAUGCCCCAGCCAUUAUUUUUGUGUCCAAAAUGUUUGCUGUGGACACCAAAGCUUUGCCUCAGAAGAGACAGAGGCCUUUAAACCAGGAGGAGAUUACUCAGCGUAGGGAAGUGGCAAGACAAAGGCAUGCUGAGAAACUGGCUGCAGAGAGCCUUGAGAGGGCCACCCGGUCAGGAAGUGCUCCAGGAGAAGCUGCUAUGACACGUUUGCCUCUGAAGCCAGAGGAGGAAGAGGAGCAGAAGGAGGUCUUCAUAGCAUUCGCAAGAAUCUACAGUGGGACAGUGAAGAAAGGUCAAAGGGUUUUUGUUCUGGGACCAAAGUAUGAUCCUGCUCAGGGCCUGAGUCUGCUGCCAGAAGGAUGCAUUACAUCUGACUGUAUUCCGGAAGUCCCUCAUCUGUCCUGUUGUACCGUGGAAAACCUUUACCUGCUUAUGGGCCGAGAGCUGGAAGAGUUGGAGGAAAUCCCUGCUGGAAAUGUUAUGGGCAUUGGAGGUUUGGAGAACUGUGUCUUAAAGACAGCGACCCUGUCAACUUCUCCUGCUUGUUCCCCCUUCACCCCACUCAACUUUGAAGCUGCACCCAUUGUACGGGUUGCUGUAGAGCCAAAACAUCCAAGUGAGAUGCCAAAGCUGGUUUCUGGGAUGCGUUUGUUGAACCAGGCAGAUCCAUGUGUUGAGGUUCUGAUACAGGAAACAGGAGAGCAUGUUCUGGUCACUGCUGGAGAAGUUCACCUGCAGCGCUGUCUAGAUGACCUCAGAGAGAGAUGCAAGAAACCAGGGAGAGAACUAAAACAUGCAGGAUGCCGGCCCUCCAGGACCCACUUUGGACACCACUGGUUUAGUCCAAUGUGUAGGAGGAGCAACAACAGAGCUGAGGAACUUCAGUCAGAGCGUCUGAAGUUUGCCAAGAUAGAGAUUAGUGUGUCUAAGCCCAUCAUUCCAUUCAGAGAAACUGUGGUGAGACCUCCAAAGGUGGAUAUGGUGAACGAGGAACUUGGCAAGCAGCAAAAAGUUGCAGUCAUUCAUCAGUCGGCUGUGUUUCAGGUGAAAGAAGAACUCUGUCAGGGUCGUUCAUCUGACUGCCAGCAUGUGGAUCCUGAUGGUCUUGUUACCCUCACCACUCCUAACAGACUUGCUACCGUCUGUGUACGGGCCAUCCCAUUACCACAAGAGGUGACUGUUCUCUUGGAGAGAAACUCUGAGUUAAUUCGGACUCUGGAGCUGAUGAACUCAUCCCUCAGGGAGGGGAGAGCCAUGGACAUAAAUCUCAGGACCCUGGAGGCUAUUGCAGAACUGAAAGACCAUCUUCAGAGCUUGCUGCAGGGAAGAAAGUGGCGGAACGCUGUGGAACGGAUCUGGGCUUUUGGGCCUCGGAGGUAUGGUCCCAACAUUCUACUGAACAGCAUUAAAGACUACAGCCGACCGUCAGUGUGGCAGUGUCUUGAGUGGAGACACAGUAAUGAUCAAAUUAGAGCUCCAGCUUUUCCACUCAGAGACUUUGAUAACAGCAUUGUCAGUGGUUUCCAACUUGCAACCCUGUCUGGUCCCAUGUGUGAAGAACCCCUGAUGGGAGUUUGCUUCUCGGUUGAGAGGUGGGAUGUCGAGUCUGUAGCUUUUUCACAAAAUCCAGACACCUUGAAAGAGGACUCUGUUUCCCCUGAAGCAUUGCAAUAUGUCAGUUCACAUAGAAACAGUGAAGAUGUGAUAGCAGAGCGAAAGAUGGAUGCUUCUUCUGUAGACUGCUAUGGGCCAGUCUCUGGCCAGCUGAUCGCGGCCAUGAAGGAGGCAUGCCGGCACGCCUUCCAGGCUCAGCCCCAUAGACUGAUGGCAGCCAUGUACACUUGUGAGAUCAUGGCAACUGCUGAAGUGCUGGGCCGGGUUUAUGGUGUACUUGGAAAGCGAGAAGGUCGAGUCCUCCAUGAAGAGAUGAAAGAAGGGACAGAUAUGUUUAUCAUCACAGCUGUUCUUCCUGUUGCUGAGAGCUUCGGAUUUGCUGAUGAGAUCCGCAAGAGGACAAGUGGACUGGCCAGUCCACAGCUGGUUUUCAGCCACUGGGAGGUGAUCAGCAGUGACCCAUACUGGGUUCCUACCACAGAAGAGGAAUACCUGCAUUUUGGAGAGAAGGCAGAUUCGGUGAACCAGGCCCUGAAAUACAUGAAUGCUGUCCGUCGACGGAAAGGUCUUUUUGUGGAGGAGAAGAUCGUUGAGCAUGCAGAGAAACAGAGGACACUUGGCAAGAACAAGUAGAGGAGACAUCUGUCCGUCCUAUCGGAGAGAUAUGUCAACAUUAUCGCUCUGAUAACAUUUUGUGUUGGACUAUACUAUACCAAUCGUCUUUAAUGUUAUCAUGCAGUUGUCCUUGGAGCUCAAAUAUUGUAUGCCAGCAACAGCACACUUCCUCAAGUUUCUAAUUCAUUGAGAUUAAAUGACAAAAUAUUAGGAAUAAAGUCUGUAGAGAAAGUAAA